GCGUGCCUCGGGCGAGUUACCGGGGACGAAGCUGCGGGAGCGCGCGGGCAGCGGCCCGCCGCGGAAUACUUGUGUGCUGCGGCCAAGAAGAAGGGUGAUGGAGGGGCGUCAAGAGGCUGGGAAGGAGAGCAAGCCCUCCUCCGUAUCAGUGGACCUGCAGGGAGACAGCUCCUUACAGGUGGAGAUCUCUGAUGCAGUGAGCGAGCGGGACAAGGUGAAAUUCACCGUUCAAACCAAGAGCUGCCUCCCUCACUUCGCCCAGACGGAGUUCUCAGUCGUGCGACAGCAUGAGGAGUUCAUCUGGCUACACGACGCCUAUGUGGAAAAUGAGGAGUACGCCGGCCUCAUCAUCCCCCCAGCCCCUCCAAGGCCAGACUUUGAGGCUUCGAGGGAAAAGCUGCAGAAGUUGGGUGAGGGUGACAGCUCCAUCACGCGGGAAGAGUUUGCCAAAAUGAAGCAGGAGCUGGAAGCGGAGUACCUGGCUAUCUUUAAGAAGACAGUUGCAAUGCACGAGGUCUUUCUGCAGCGCCUGGCGGCCCACCCGACCCUGCGUCGAGACCACAACUUCUUUGUCUUUUUGGAAUAUGGCCAGGAUCUGAGUGUCCGAGGAAAGAACAGGAAGGAGCUUCUUGGAGGAUUUCUGAGGAAUAUUGUGAAGUCUGCAGAUGAAGCCCUUAUCACCAGCAUGUCAGGGCUAAAGGAGGUGGAUGACUUCUUCGAGCAUGAGAGGACCUUCCUGCUGGAGUACCACACCCGCAUCCGGGAUGCCUGCCUGCGGGCAGACCGUGUCAUGCACUCCCACAAGUGCCUGGCAGAUGAUUUUAUCCCUCUCUCUGCUGCACUGAAUAGUCUGGGAACACAGGAAGUCAACCAGCUAAAGACAAGCUGGAGGGCCGAGUGGCGUCUGAUGAGGACCUCAAGCUGUCAGACAUGCUUAGAUACUACAUGCGAGACUCACAGGCAGCCAAGGACCUGCUGUACCGGCGGCUUCGAGCACUGGCUGACUAUGAGAAUGCCAACAAGGCCCUGGACAAGGCACGCACUAGGAACCGGGAGGUUCGGACUGCUGAGAGCCACCAGCAACAGUGCUGCCAACGCUUCGAACGCCUCUCUGACUCAGCCAAGCAGGGUAAGCCCCAUGGCCCCAGAGACCCUGCCACUGGGCUGCCUACCCUGCCGGGGCCCCCAUUUCUCCUCCCUCCCCUCCAGAGCUCAUGGAUUUCAAGUCCCGCCGGGUCUCCUCCUUCCGCAAGAACCUCAUAGAGUUGGCAGAGCUGGAGCUCAAACAUGCCAAGGGAAGUGGGACCCAAGACACUUGGGUCUGAAGUCCUGGGCUCCACCUGGCUUGGCCCCACCCUGGACUCGUCACAUCUACAGAAGGCCAAAGGCUCACUGGCUUCUGACUCACAGCAGCCACUGGACCCGGCCCUCAUAAAUGAGUCAGCCAUCCAUGAAAGAAGGCAGAGAAAAACCAGAGAGAACCUUGAAGACCGAACAGCUCAAGAAGCGCUUUGUAACUUGCAAUCUCACAACCCACACUAGGCAGGCCUGAGCAUGGGGCUGGAGAAUAGGUCUCACUGCCCAGCUGCCCACCCGAGUAAGAGGCUACAGGAGAAAGAGUUCAGGCACAAAGCCCCUUCUGACCAAAGGGCUCCUGCAGCUGGCAGGACACAAACCCCAGUUCAGCUAACUCCCCAGCGGUCAGUUUGGGCCCAACUGUGGUACCACCUAUGAGUGACCACUGUCAGAGGAGGCUCAGCCAGUCGCUGGGGCCAAAUUAAGGGGGUGGAUGGAAGCUGGGUAUAGAGAAGACAUGCUGUUCAUUACCUCAGCAUACCUUCCCCUGCAAGGUCCCCUGGGCCCCAACCCUGAAACAAACAUCCCAUUAGUGAGCCUUUUUAUUGUUGUGUGUGUGGUUUUUUUUUGUUUUGUUUUGUUUUAAUUGAAGGUCCCUUACUGGUCCUGCUUCCAUGGGUGGCCAAGACCAGGGGAAAAAGGCAGGGGAACCAGGCGGCGCAAGGAGGGGUCAUCUCCACAACAUUCCAUUUAUA